AUGCUCGCCCUUUUCUGCUGCUCACACCUGAUCGCACGACGGUCAAGCGGCUCUCACUCAUUUUCCCCGCACCACAGUGCUUUUCCUAUGCACUAUAUGAUCCUUCUCCGAACAUACUCAAGUACAUACGACCAUAGGGUGUGGAGAACAGGGCUUCCCGUCCGCUCAGCCGUACUUAAGCCACACGCCGGUUAUGUGGGUGAUAUGGGUACGAACUUUGGAGACUGGGUGAGAGAAGUGUGA